CAAACUUCAUAACCAUGGCUUUCAUAUUCCGGCGCUGGCAGGGCACAGAAUGGUUUCGGCAUGCAACAACUUUUAGGAGAGCCGCCAUGCAGUUAUCAAAGCCACCACCCAUCUAUGAGACUCCGCUCUCCCUCCUAUGGAUGAUUAAUUUUAGCGUAUUUUGGUUCGUUGCUCAUGAUAGUGGAGGUUAUGCCCUGGAAGAGACACGGCGGCGAGUUGGACAGACAGGGCAUGACAGAGAGGUACAUUCACAGCGCAGAGCCGAGACAGAGAACGCAGGAAGAGGAGGUGAGGAAUUGACGAGAGAACGGACAAGAAUCAUGAACACGUGCAGUGCUAUCCAAAUUCUAGUGGUCCAUGAAUCAGUAGCAUUCGUAACACACCAGGCAAUUAUUCUUGUUUCCCAUGAUUAGAAAAAACAAAUCUUGGUUAUAGUUACUGUUGCGUUAGAAAUCUUGAUUCUUAUUACUUCCUCGGCUGCUUUGGCUCCAAAUACUUGUCGCAAGUUCAAUAAACCUAGGUAUAUUUUACUCUGCAUUUUGCCUAAAUCUAUGAAAAAUAUUUAAAGGCCGGAGG